AUGAACGUACGCAGCCUUUUAUCGAAACAAGAUGAUCUGCGGCAGUGGGUUUCUGAUGUAAAUCCUGACAUUCUUGGUGUUGCAGAAACCUGGUUGGAUUUGACUGUCCUCGAUCAAGAGAUAAAACUCCCUGGCUAUGAGCAUUUUCGUUGCGAUCGUCAGCAGCGGCUUCAUGGUGGGGUGCUCCUCUAUGUGAAGUCGGACAUACGUUGCCGGUUACAAAACACUUAUUUGAGUAAUGAUUGUUACUGUGAACAAAUUUGGUGCGAAAUCAUCACGACCAAAGGCAAUUUUCACGUGGGAGUGCUUUACAGAAGUCCAGCUAAUAUCUCUUCCGACUGGAUUACACGAGCUAAGAAUAAUCUAUGCGCCCGAAACGUGCUACUUAUGGGUGACUUCAAUUUUCCCCGUGUAAAUUGGUCCAGCUAUACGGCCCUCCCUGGUUGUACCGACUUGGAAACCACAUUUCUCAAUACGGUGCUAGAAAUGGGAUUGAUACAGCAUGUGCAUCAACCGACGCGGUCUCUGCCUUAUCAGAUUCCUUCCUGCCUAGAUUUACUAUUUACUCAAGCCGAGCAAAGAUUGGAUUAUUUAUCAGUUUCUGAACCACUGGGCACUAGUGAUCAUAUGACAUUGUUUGCAUAUCUUAGGCUUCCACAUCAUCGCACUCCACCGCGAUUACCCCAGAGAAAUGUUUGGAAAACAGACUUUGAUGCGUUAUUAAUUGCGGCUAAUUCGAUGGAUUGGACACUACCAACAGAAGGAUCCGUUGAUACAUGUUGGCUUUCUCUUAAAGACAAAAUAUCAUGGCUAUGCGACCUAUAUACGCCUGUUCGACAUUGCAAAUCAAAUCGAUGUCGCCCACCCUGGUUCGAUCGCGAGCUUGUAACGUUGACCAAACGCCGCCGAAAACUGUGGAACCGUUAUAGACAGUCUCGUGAUCCCGUGGAUUAUGCAACUUAUAAGCAGCAGCGAAAUUCAUGCAAUUUUACGAAAUUGAGAAAACGCCAAGCUUAUGAAAACUCUCUCGCCGAAUCGGCCAAAACAACGCCCAAAAGGAUUUUUGCUUAUGUCAACAGAAAUCUCAAAUCCUCUGAUGAGCUACCGUACAUACAAGAUCAAGAUGGCAAUACCAUCACCUCAGACUCCGCGAGGGCCACUGAGUUUGCCUGCCACUUUUCUUCUGUAUAUGCCACAAACCCCUCAAGAGACAGUCUUACUGGUUCCUGCGCGGUUAGAUUGGAUUCGUUGGUGUGUUGCACCGAAAAGGUGUGUUCUCUGCUUCUGUCGCUCAAUACGGCAAAGUCCGCCGGUCCUGAUGACCUCCAUCCCGUAAUUUUGAAGACAUUAGCACCAGUCAUUGCACCUGCAGUCACGACUCUAUACAAUAAAUCCCUUGCAGAAGGCGUGUUGCCUCAGGAAUGGAAAGAUUCAGUUGUUCGGCCGUUCCCCAAAGGCGGAGAUCUUUCUCGAGUCACAAAUUACCGUCCAAUCUGCCUUACUCCCAUACUCGCUAAGGUUCUGGAAAAGAUCGUGAAGCAGGCUCUGUUGCAUAUGCUGGAUGAAUUUCAAAUUCUUACGCCGGCACAACACGGUUUUCUUCGCGGCCGUUCUUGUGUGACCAACAUGCUCACUGCUCGUCAUCACUGGUUAGCCGCUGUUGACGCUGGGCAUGCUGUUGAUGUUAUAUUCGUGGACUUUAGUAAGGCGUUCGAUAGGGUAGACCACACUGAACUGAUAAAAAAACUGCAGGGCUACGGCAUAGGAGGGGAUUUACUUCGUUGGCUCAAAUCGUUCCUGCAUGACCGACGCUGGAAGGUGAGAGUAAACGACCACUGUACAGACUGGUAUACGUCACCUAGUGGCGUACCUCAGGGAACGGUUUUGGGUCCAGUUCUGUUUCUACUACAUGUGAAUGAUCUACCAGGGGUCCUACAGUCGGCAAGUCUGUUAUUCGCUGAUGAUCUUAAGAUAUGGAAACCUAUUGAGUGUGACGAAGACCGAGUGGCUCUUCAGCAUGACUUAGAACGUCUGGUGGCGUGGUCCUCUGAAAGGAGGCUUCCGAUCAACCCGGCCAAAUCAGAAUAUAUAUGCCUGGGAAAGCCAACUUCAGAUCGUGUAUAUCAUCUAAAUGGCCAAAAAUUGAAAUCGGUCUCAUCAAUCCGAGACUUGGGCGUUCAAAUCCGUUAUGAUUUAAAGUCGAAGGACCACACGAGCGCUGUGUAUAAGAAGUCUCUUCGCAUUUUGUGGACAUUGAAGCGAAGUUUUUCGAUGUGGACGGAAGAGUUAGUUUUAAAACUGUAUCCCACCAUGAUCCGGCCUAUAUUGGAAUAUGGUGCUCCAGCUUUCUCCCCACUUACGAAAGACGAAGCCCGAAAGCUCGAACGUGUCCAACACCUCGUUACAAAGAUGGUUCCCAGUCUGCGGAGUCUUUCUUAUUCUGAGAGAUGCAGAAAACUGAAAUUGUUCACACUUGAAUACAGACGUCUCCGGAUUGAUCUCAUCUAUGUUUUCCGUGUUUUGUGCCUAAACCAUUUUCCGCAGUUGAUGUUCUUGUUUGACAUUCCAACAACCAACAUCACCCGAGGACAUCGAUUUAAACUUACUGUCACACGCAUGGACAAUGUGCCUCAUGGGUACAGUUUCUCUCGCCGCGUUGUCAUUUUGGAAUUCGUUCAGUCAGAAACAGUUCAAAUUUUCAAACGUAAUUUAGAUGAACAUUUAUCUGAUCUAUGCUUCUGUGAGGAUAUCUCCUCCGCUCUGGUCCCGAAAGUCAGCUACUCCACUAACGGACCAAGGGCGUAUAUGGAAUGA